GAUAGGAUAGCCAUAAGCCAUGCCAGCCAAAACAUGACAACUGCAGUGCAAACGCAAUGAGUAUUUUCACUUGUAAAAUUAUCUUGUUUCAGUUUCCUCGUUUCUGUCCCACAAAGAUCGGAAUACAGAGGAAGGAAGAAAAGAGCAAAUAUGGCGUCUUCUUCUCAUCUCUCAGCUAUCCCACAACGCCUCUCUCAACCCUCUUCUUCUCCUCUCUUGCACUCGAAGGCAGUUGGGGUCAAUGUGAGAUCAAGUUUUGAAAAUGAGAGCUGCAAUACAAGGGAUUCAGGCCACUCAAAACCUCCCAAGGGAUCGCAGUUGCCGAUCACUCGGCGUUUGUGUCUCACAUGUUUGUGUUCAAGCGUUGCUUUAAUAAAAGACUUUGGCACUUCUGGUCCCGUAACUAAAGCAUCAGCGCUGGAUGGAAGGGAAAAACCCGUGUGUCGAAAUUGUAAUGGAAGUGGAGCUGUGCUUUGUGAUAUGUGUGGUGGUACAGGAAAAUGGAAAGCUCUCAAUAGAAAACGCGCCAAAGAUGUUUAUGAGUUUACAGAAUGUCCAAAUUGUUAUGGGCGUGGAAAACUUGUUUGUCCUGUUUGCUUAGGGACUGGUUUACCGAACAAUAAGGGACUUCUUCGGAGGCCUGAUGCGCGGAAGCUGCUCGAUAAGAUGUACAAUGGUCGACUAUUGCCAAAUUCUUAAGUGAGUUCUACAACUCGUUAACUCGUAAAGAAGAUCUACCAUGUGUUGUACAUCAUGUUAGAAGGGCAAAUUAUUGAAGACCUGUAUGGAUAGCAAAGCUUCCAUUGCUAGACUAUUGUUUGUCUGGGACUUUGCUCUUAAAACACAAAUUUUGAAGAACGGGGAAUUUUAUUUUUUAAAACUCUUUGUGCUUUGUAGCACCUGAGGCUGAGGAAAGGUUUGGUUGAUAGUUGUGUGAUUUGGUCGACAGAGGGGCAGGUGGUAGAAAACAUUUGCUAUUUUAUUGUUCUUUUGACCCGGUUCUAUUUAUUUGAAGCAAAGCAUAGCUAAUUAAUUUCCAAACUUUUACACGCUUGUGUUAAGUUUUGCUUUUAAGCCUGAAUAUGACAGCAUUGAUAAUAUGUGAUCACAGAGAGUGAUAACUGUGUAUAGCACAUGACUAUCUCGAUUGAGCCCAGUUUCCAUAAUGUCAUAUAUUUACAGUCAAAACCUA